AUGCCUCGUUCUCGGAGGUUUCUGUCUUCGGAACGCAGCAGCCGGGGCAGCUACCGCGAGUGUUACAGAAACCGCAAACACAAGCGGCGGCGGAGUCGUUCCCGGUCGAGCAGCAGCGAGCGGUGGCAUCACCGGGACGACAGCUAUCACGUCCGAUCGGGGAGUUACGACGAUCACUCGUCCGACCGACGUGCCUACGACCGGCGAUACCUGGAGGAUUACCGGCGAGACGGCUACAGCGACCGGGGCGGGGAUGCAUACUACGAGCCCGAAUUCCAGCCUUCGGAUGAGUACCAGCGUUCCCGGGACGGCAGUUACCGGAACUGCAAGAGUAACCGGCGGAAACGGCGACGGAGACGGCACGGAAACCGCUCCUUCAGCCGUUCCUCCUCGCAGAGUCGUCCCGGCACCAGGAGGAGAGCCAAGAACGUGGAGGACGACGUGGAAGGCCACCUGAUCUAUCGGAGCGGCGACUUCCUCCAAGAAAGAUAUGAGAUCAUCACCACCCUCGGGGAAGGCACCUUUGGGCGCGUGGUGCAGUGCAUCGAUCACCACAGGGGCAACACCCGCGUGGCUCUCAAAAUCAUCAAGAACGUGGAGAAGUACAAAGAAGCCGCUCGCUUGGAGAUCAACGUGCUGGAGAAAAUUAACGAGAAAGAUCCCGACAACAAAAACCUCUGCGUCCGGAUGUACGACUGGUUUGACUACCACGGCCACAUGUGCAUCUCCUUUGAGCUGCUGGGCCUCAGCACGUUCGACUUCUUGAAGGAUAACAACUACCUGUCCUACCCCCUCCACCAGAUCCGGCACAUGGCCUACCAAGUGUGCCAGGCGGUCAGAUUUCUGCACGAGAACAAGCUCACCCAUACAGACCUCAAGCCGGAGAAUAUCCUCUUUGUCAACUCGGACUACGAGAUGACCUACAACCUGGAGAAGAAACGAGACGAGCGCAGCAUCAAGAACACGGCCAUUCGGCUGGUGGAUUUUGGCAGCGCCACUUUUGAUCACGAGCACCACAGCACCAUCGUCUCCACGCGGCAUUACCGGGCUCCUGAGGUCAUUUUAGAACUCGGCUGGACCCAGCCCUGCGACGUUUGGAGCAUUGGCUGCAUUAUCUUCGAGUAUUACAUGGGCUUCACCUUGUUCCAGACCCACGACAAUCGCGAGCAUCUGGCGAUGAUGGAGCGGAUCCUCGGCCCCAUCCCGUCACGGAUGAUCCGAAAAACGAGGAAGCAGAAAUAUUUCUACCACGGACAUUUGGACUGGGAUGAAAACACCUCUGCCGGGCGCUACGUGCGGGAGAAUUGCAAGCCACUACGGGAUCCGGGUAUAAUUCAGCACCGGCCAAAUACGGAUUAUGCUACUCUGGAUGUAUAUAAUCCUUUUGACAACACCGGGAAUCCCCCGCCAUACCAACCCUCGGUCUCGGCUCCCACAAUCCCCUCGGUACCCACAGUUCCUGUCUCAGAGGCGCCCAAGAAACAGAACAAUGUGGAGCCCAGAAAUUACGGCUCGUAUGGGACCCAGGAAUCCGCCACCGCAGCAAAAGCCGAACUCUUAAAACGCCAAGAAGAGCUGAAUCGGAAAGCCGAGGAAUUGGACCGAAGAGAGAGAGAGCUGCAGAACGCCGCCCUGGGCAGCGGGGCAGCCAGACCAAAUAAUUGGCCUCCGUUGCCUUCCAUCUGCCCGGUGAAACCCUGUUUUUAUCAGGAUAUUUCGGUCGAGAUUCCCGUGGACUUUCAGAAAACGGUCACCAUCAUGUACUACCUCUGGAUGGCCAGCACUGUGGCUCUUUUCAUCAACUUCCUUGCCUCCCUGACCUGGUUCUGCGUGGAAUCCUCUGGUGGCUCCGGAUUUGGCCUCUCCAUCCUCUGGACCUUGAUUUUCACGCCCUGCUCCUUCAUCUGCUGGUACCGACCCAUGUAUAAAGCUUUCCGGAGUGACAGCUCUUUCAACUUUUUCGUCUUCUUCUUCAUCUUCUUUGCCCAAGAUGUGUUCUACGUCCUUCAGGCCAUUGGGAUACCCGGUUGGGGCUUCAGCGGCUGGAUCGUCAGCUUCAGCGCCCUGGGAAAGCACCCUGGGGUGGGCAUUUUCAUGAUCCUAGUAGCCGUGUUGUUCACCGUAAUUGCUGGGCUGGGUAUCAUCAUGCUGAAACGGAUCCACUCUCUCUACCGCCGCACGGGCGCCAGCUUCCAGAAAGCCCAGGCCGAAUUUGCCGCCGGUGUUUUGUCCAACCCGACGGUCCGCACGGCAGCUGCCAACGCUGCCGCGGGGGCCGCUUCCAGCUCCUUCCAGGCCCCCUAAAGGAGCUGCGAGCUGCAGUUUUAUCAACGGUCCGCCGACUUCACCGGG